AUGAAGCUUCAUCGAUUGCAUAUUUUCUUGCUGGCUGAGAACGGCUUCCGAAUGUUUCCAAUGACAGCUCGCGCUGCAAGUCUGCGGCAGAAACGCAGAAGGGAGGUCGAGAAGUACAUGAGAGACGCAGCACCAGCCAAGUAUCACGACAUCCUGAUUCCGGACUUCGAGAUAGGAUGCAAGCGACUAAUUUUUGAUGACGGAUAUCUCAAAUCCCUUCACAGUGACAACUUCAAUCUCACAACAGCCAAGAUUCUUGAGAUUUUUCUAGAAGGUGUGAGAACUUCCGAGGGAGUCAUACUUGCCGAUGUCAUUGUUUUAGCAUCUGGAUUCAAGACAAAUCAACUCAUGCCCUUCAUGGACAUCGUGGGCCGCGAUGGAAGCCUUAAUGACCACUGGAAAAGAUAUGAUGGACCUGAAGCCUACAACUGCUCUGCUAUGAGUGGAUUCCCGAACUUCUUCAUGUUGCUUGGACCCAACGCAGGGACUGGUCAUACUUCGGCGUUGAUGGCUGCAGAAAAUUCCGUUAACUACGCACUUCGUGUCCUUAAACCAGUCUUUGAGAAACAAGCAGAUGCCGUCGAGCUCUCACAGACAGCGGAAGACGAGUAUUCUCACACGGUGCAAGAUGCCUUGCAAAAGCGAGUGUGGAGUGCUGGUUGUCAAUCAGUAACCUGUCUUCCAUAG